AUGGCUGGGCUCGUACUACUGUUCCGAUCCGUGGGUAAAUCUUGUAUUCGAUGGGCUGUACCCCGGGUCAGUUCACCGGAUCGUCUGUGGGGGCUAGAAGACCUGCUUUAUGCCAUCGCUUAUGGGCUGGAUCUCGCCCAAAUGGUCCUCGUCCAGAAAAGCUACACGUCAGGACUUGGUCGCCAUGUAUGGACCUUAUCCCAGACCGAGAUUACAAGCACCUUGAAGUAUGAGUAUAUAUCACAACUGUUGGCCUUCAUUGCCGCCGUAUUUUCGCGAACCAGAAUGAUGUGUUCUCUCUAUCGGUGCUUUCACCGCGUCGACAAACAAUUUCGUGUUCUUAUUGUCGGCUGCCUGUGCAUCCAAAUCAUCGUGAACAUGGUGACAAUCUUCCAAAUCCUCGCCCAGUGUGGGCCCAAUCCAUACCGCGCGGCCAAUCGAUUGCAGUAUUUCCACCACAUCUGGGAUCCCUGUACUCGAUUCCGGGAGAUUCCCCGCGAUGCCCGGAAACGCCGAUUGUGGCAAACGGUGGCCCUCAGUGGGCCGCUUCUGUUGUCAGCCUUGGCGUCCUUUGCGCGAACCUGGCUACUCCUUGCGAUCGACGACCAAAAUGAUAUCACUCGCGAGUCCUACUGCCACCACACCACAGUUCAGAUCGAGAACUUUAGGCUUAUGCUGGCCACCUGUGCGCCUGUUAUCCGACUGUUGUUAUCGAUCGUCACAAAGAACGGAUCCCCGACGAGCGGCUACCCCUGCUAUGGCAAUCAAUCAAACGCCCAAGGCCAAGCUCUCGAGUUGAACAUGGUUCCACACACUCAUGACAAAGGGACGGUGGUGGCCAUUACUGCGCAAGACACGAGGGGAAAUUCCCACUCCCUGGAGCAAUUCCCCUCAGAGGAUCAAGCUGUCGGUGGCUCUCAUGGGACCAAUGUGACCAUCCGGACCGAUAUUGUGGUCGAAUAUGAUCUCGAUCGAGGCUCAACGCCGAGGCUGCCCACCUAGAGGUCGGAGCAGAGGUUCAAGUAUACCGGUAAGG